AUGCGAGAUAAACAUACUCGUGAAGAAGCAGACGCCAAAUGGCUCAUAAAAAGAGGGCUAACAUCCGAGUCUUAUCUUUAUGAAAUCCCAGAACCGGGUGAGCGUUUUGAGUAUGUUGUAGUUGAGAAUGAUUCAUCAGAUAAGGUCGGAGAUAAAAUGGAGUAUCCAGAGGUAGUGAGGCGAUUAGGUAAAAAGAUCGAUAUCAGCUAUUAUCUGAAAACUGUCGUCAGCCUCUGUGCACGAUUUAUUAACUAUGAUGAAAGUUUCCAGCCAUCAUCUGAAAUUGUGCUGGAGGCCUUAAAAAAGUUGAAAGAUGCUAAUAAAGCGGGUGAUAAUAAAGCAGAUGACGGUGGGGUGGAUGGAGAUGACCUGGAUGAAGAUGAAGAAGAUGAAGAUGAAAUAGAUGAAGAUGAGGUAUCAAAAAUAAGAGAUGCCUUAGCACAGAAAUCGGCUGAAAAGUGGAUUAGGGGGUAUAUCAAAAGCCUACGUGAUGGUCUGAAAAAAGAUAAAACCAUCAUAUCUCAUUUAUGGGAAGGGGCACACAUUUAUGCGAAAAAAUUAUUUGAUACUACUUAUGCCGACAAGGGAGAACACCUGACUAACAAUGCUUAUUACCAAUCAUUACUCAAUGCGUUAGAUAAGCAAGAAGAAUCCAUCUGCUUAAAACUUUCAUCAUUGUUUAAAGAAAUUUCCAAAGUUGAUAUAGAGUAUAGAGACAGUAUAUAUAAAUUAGUUACUAAGAAGAGACACAGAGCAAUGUCCUUAGAACAAUAUUUAACAUCAUAUUAUUUGGAUGAGUGGGAUGGUAAAAAAGAUGAUUCGUCUGAAGCCGAUAUAGACGAUAUCAUCGAAUUAUAUAGUUAA